AUGGACCAAUACUCUCUCCUCCUGGAUGUUCUAGAGGGUCUACACAGCCGAGGACUGACACAGGGACGGAGAAUAACAGAACUCGAAAACCGCCUCGCCGACCAACAUGACAAACUCGUGAGAGUGUUCAUCUUAUCUGCUGGAAUUUUUGUUAUGCUUCUCGUCCCGUUUGUCGUUGCCUUGUACAACAGAGCGAGAUUUCGCAAGACGGAAAGAGUUGUCGCGAUGAUACCCGCGGGACUUCGGAUUUCGAAGGACAUGGAGGAGAUAGAGAAGAGGCUGAACACGUUAGGAGAGAAGAUGGAGAAAUCAGCACGAGCUAGACGUGAUGGGAUUUCGAAAAAGUACAAAGAUUGCGACAAUCAAGUGGAAGUUGAAACGAUGUCGUCAGACAACGACACCACGACCUCAGGAUCGACCAUCUAUACCCCCUCCGCCAGCGAUGCGUCUAUCUCGGGAGAAACUUCAACAACAUCAACGAUAUCCUCCUCACAAAUCCAAGUAUUGGAGAAACUGGCAUCUGCGCAUAAUCUAGGAGUACGCAAUACAGGCAUCAUACCACCUGAAGAUACAGCUCUCUCUUACAACAACACUUUCCUCCCUGUCAGCUAUCAUAACCACUUCGACACUUCUUCUCCCUUGAACACCUUCACUCCUACCCACCCUCGUCCGAGAAAUUUUGGAAAACUCGAGCCGGCGCAACAGAGGGCAUGGCAUAGAAGAAACGUGCAGGAGAAAAUGGCACAACAGGAGAAAGAGCAGAAGAGGAUGGAAGAAGCGAUGAGAUGCUCCAAGAUGAGAUCGCAUGAGGGGAGCAACAGUAAUACUGCGAUCAAACCCAACAACGAAGCAACGGGUACUCGCGUCCUCGGCCACGACAAGGAAAGACACAAUCUUCCAGACUUCAAGGACGAAAGAGUAGACGACAUGAUUGCAGAGCUCAACAGAGAGUUGGAAAAGACUGGAGAUGCAAGACUGGACGCACAUAGAUCGGAAGUCGACAAAGUGAUACUGGAAGGUCUUAGGAUGGGACCGUGUAAAAGAUAA